UGUCCAGACCAGCCCCUGUUGCUUCCCAGGUACUACAGGCCGCCUGCAAAUUAAGCUGCCUAUAAAGGCUUGGUCUUUCUUAAGUUCCUAGCCAGCUUCGCUUCUUCUCCAUCACAACAAAGCUUCCUCCGCUAUCCAAAGUAGCAGGAUUGCAACGUACCUACGUACGAGAGCCCAGCGGCAUGGAGCGACGGGAUCUGGGUGCAUGGCUUGGCCUAGCAACAGGCGGCGGCGCCGCGUGGCACACCCACGACGGCGAGCGGCGGCCUGACCCUGUCCGGCUCGACGAGCUGUUCCCGCAGCGCGGCAAAGAGGAGCGUGAUCAUGGCGAACAAGUGGCGAGAAAUACGGGAGGGAAAGGUGCAAGGCGGAAGAUAAAGGUCGGCGGCGAUGACGAGGGCCGAUCGUCCUCGUCGAACGGUCCGUGUCUGAGCGAUGGCGGUGGCAGUGAUGGCGGCGGCGGCGGGGGCAGGAGGAAGAAGCUCCGGCUCACCAAGGAGCAGUGCGCCCUGCUGGAAGGCAGCUUCCGUGCCCACAACAUACUUUCUCAUGUUCAGAAGCAGGAGCUGGCACGGCAGCUGAAUCUGAGCUCGAGGCAGGUGGAAGUGUGGUUCCAAAAUAGAAGAGCCAGGACAAAGCUGAAGCAGACGGAGGUGGACUGCGAGUUCCUGAAGCGGUGGUGCGAGAGCCUGACCCACGAGAACCAGCAGCUGAAGCACGAGCUCCUGGAGCUGCGGCGGUCGGCGGUGGCGCCGGUGGCAGCCGGCUCAAAGCUCUUUGCCCAGCUCCCCAGGGCGGCGGCCAUGAUGAACUUAUGCCCGUCCUGCGAGAAGGUCGCCGUGAAUAAUUAG